AUUCCUUCCACCCCCCAUAGAAUCCCCAUGGCCUCCUCCACCCCCUCCAAAUCGCAUUGGCGAUUCUCCACCGUCCCCGGCUUCUUCUACCAAAGCGAACCCUCCACCAACGCCAGCACCUUUGACUACGCAUCCUCCAACUUCGGCCUCAUCCCCCGCUCUUACCCCACAGACACCACCACCACUCCAGAAACAAAGACAAAAUCCCCCUGGGAGCGCUUCGCCCACCACAUCCGCUCCCUUAACGACACUUCCGACGAAAAUACCUGCUACAAGGUCCUCUUUCUUGGUCGUCACGGCGAGGGAUAUCAUAAUGUCGCGGAACGGGAAUAUGGGACUGUGGAAUGGGAUAAACAUUACUCCCUCCUCCCAACCUACACCGACGCCCGAUUAACAGAAACCGGGAGAUCGCAAGCCCGCACCGCACACUCUACCUGGGCCACCCAACUCAAGAAGGGCAUUCCAGUUCCGGAAUCCUUCUACGUGAGUCCAUUGAAUAGAUGUCUUGAGACAGCGUAUAUUACUUUCUCGGGGUUGGGGGUGCAGGGUACAGAGCCGUUUAGGCCUGUUGUUAAGGAACUCCUCCGCGAAACCAUCGGCCAACACACCUGCGACGGCCGAUCCAGCAAAUCGGCCAUAAUGGCCGAAUACCCAUUCUAUCGCAUCGAGGCAGGAUUCACGGAAACUGACGAAAUGUAUGACCCGGUGCUCCGGGAAUCGAACUCGGCGCGGGACAAACGCUUCAGAGAUUUGAUGCAGGAUAUAUUUACGAAUGAUGAGGUGGUGUUUUUGUCGUUGACGGCGCAUUCGGGCGCCAUUACGAGUUUGUUGAAUGUGCUGGGACAUCGGAGGUUUGAGUUGGAGACGGGGGGCGUUAUUCCAGUGCUUGUUAGGGGGGAGAGGGUGGAGGGGGAGUUGCCGGUUAUGGAGGUGGAGAUGUGGUUUGGGGUUCCUAAUUAG